AUGAAGAUCGGCUUCGCAUGCUCCAAAAGGGCUGUCUCUGACGACAAGGCCAGGGAAUUGUUCGUUUUCAUCCUGGACACUUUCCGCGUGGCUCGCCUGGCGGGCGACGUCCCGAAGGACGAGAAACUGGCCGUGAGCCGGGUCUGCGGGCGCGAUUGUAAAUCGCCAGGGAUGCUCCACGCGCUCUUCAAGAAAAAGGAGCUCGCCGAGUACAUUUUCCACGAGGCCUCUCUCGUGCACAAGGAACAUGGGCGCGAAAUGGCCGCAUUCAAAACACCUCUCCGGAUCCUCCAGCGGUUCGCUGCCUCUGGCGCGGAUGGGCUCGUGGCUUCGCACCGCGUGUCCGACCCGGGCGGCAGCGCCGACGGGAUGGAGAUAUUGUUCGCGCUCCCCGUGGCUGAGUAUCGGAACGCCGUGGAUUGCAAGUCGAAGGCGAUGAUCGACGUCGCGUGGCCUCUGUGGUCGGGCGCUUUCGACGCAGAAAUCGUCGAGCUUGCCAGGCAGGAGAUGCAGAACAGCGCGCCUGCGUUCGUCUGGCGCACGUACCUCGCCGAGACCAGCCAGGAGGUGGGUGUCAAGUGCCGCGCUUUCGUGACCGCCUGCGCGGGCGGGCCGAUCCCCGCCGACCCCGAGCUGGAUGCAAGUCUCGGCUUGUUGGGGUACUCAGUGGGGCAGAUGCAGAGCGUGUGGGAUGCGCUCAGCUUGGGGCACCGCUUCGCGAGGAAAAACACCGACGUUCGCGCGUUCGCCCUCUCAGCGGAGCUCUUCCCGCCCAACGUCGUCAAGCAAGGCGUCAAGGCGAGGCUCUGCGAGCAGUUGCCGUGCGACGAGGCGAAGUUCAAGCGAGUCAUCGCGUUCUUCUUGCAGAGGAGGCAGAAGGAUGACAUCCUCGUCUUCCUCGACGGCAGGGGCCGCGCGAAUCGCCGGGUCAUUGAGGCCCUCGAGGACAAGUUGGAGUCGGGAGGUUCCCACGCGUUCGUUGAGUGCUGGAUCGUGUGCGAGCAGCCAAACAAGAAGGAGGAUCCGCGGUCCCCGGCCAGGGCGCACAGCUACACCAAGAACAACAGGGAGACUGCGAUCUUCUCGAUGCCAGUCAAGGGCCCGCGGAAGGUGGUGCACCGUUCCGAGUUCAACGCGCGCGGCGAGUCCUCGACCGCAGACACGACGUAUUCUGGCGCCACAAUGCGGCGUCUUUCCGAGCUCCCUCGCCUGAGCUACGAGACCAAGGCGAGCAUCCUGGGAGCUGCAUCUUGCGCUAGCGUUGACGGCGCCAGGAUUCCGCGCCUGCAGGCAGACAUCGAUUCGAAGGGCCACCCGUUCUCGUUUAACGAGGUGAAGCCCAUCAGCCUGUGGCAGACGAUCAUUGGGCACCACAGCGUGACCCACAUCGUGGACUUCACUCCAGGCUCUGGCGCCUUGGCUGCUGCUGCCGCUGGCGCAAUGGAGUGCGAAGGCGUCGCUUGCAACGAUGACCAUCGGGACUGGCUCGACUCCAUCGCGGGCAGGUGCGCGAUGUACAAGGCGGGCCACGAGGAGGGGCGCGCGCAUCAAGUGGGCGGCGACGCCGACUUCGUCGAGAAAGUUAGCACGUAUUUCAGCGGAACCAUGAUGGAGGCGAAACGUCUGCUGAUGCCGCUGGGGCCUGGCGGCGUCGGCUCUGAGGGGUAA